AUGUCGUGGCAGGGAUACGUGGACACGAACCUAGUUGGCACUGGAAAAGUGUCACAGGCAGCGAUUCUUGGUCUCAAGGGUGGUGUAUGGGCCACCUCUGCUGGCUUCACCAUCAGCCCAGAGGAGCAGAACGCCAUCAUCAAGGGCCUGGAUGACCCUGCGCCUCUGCAAGCGAGUGGCGUGUAUGCCAACGGCAAAAAGUACUUGACAUUACAAGCCAACCCUCGCUCGAUUUACGGAAAGGCAGCGGGUGAUGGCUUGUGCAUUGUGCGUACAAACCAGGCAGUGCUAGUAGGCGCGUACGCCUCGCCGCUCCUUCCAGGUGACGCCAACAAAGUGGUCGAAGGCCUGGCGGACUACUUGAUUUCUGUGGGAUACUAA